AUGGCUAUUCAAGGAGCUGAGCAGACUAUCCUUCGGGAUCCUGCUCUCUUUUACUGGAUUCUCUUCCCAAUCUCAGUGGUUAUGAUCCUCACCGGAAUCUUGCGCCACUAUGCAACAGUCUUGAUGAACACACCACCAAAGCCAGCCUCCAGCCUCGCUGAAUCCCGCGAACGACAUGCCCUCCUCCGCGGAGUUAACCUCCGCAAUCACGCCUGCGCUGUGUUAGAUCGCGAGGCAUUCGAGAUGCGGAAGAACUACUUAGUUAAGGGCUUCCGGAACGGCUCUUUCCUCAAGGACCCUGAAAACCGUGGCCAGCCACCCGCGAACCCAAUGACCGACCCUGCAGCGAUGGAGGGUAUGAUGGGCAUGGUGAAGGGCAACAUGAUGAUGAUGAUCCCGCAGACGUUGAUUAUGAGCUGGAUCAAUGCUUUCUUCUCGGGUUUCGUGAUCUUGAAAUUACCGUUCCCGCUGACUAUCCGAUUCAAGUCCAUGCUGCAGUCUGGUGUCAUGACUCGCGACUUGGAUGUGCGAUGGGUUUCGAGUCUAUCAUGGUACUUCCUUAACCUUAUGGGUCUGCAGUCUGUCUUUGCAUUUAUCCUGGGCAGCGAUAACUCUGCCAAUCAAAUGGCCCAGCAAAUGGGUAUGGCUAACCCUGCUGCUAUGGUGAACCCCAUGCAGCCUGGUCAGGAUCCUGAUAAACUGUUCUUGAGUGAGGCUGAAAACUUGGAGGUCAUGGAGCACUUCUGUAUCCUGGAUGGAGUUGAGGAGAGAGUUCUACGCAACUUCGCACUGCAGGGAUCUAAUUGA